AGCUAGACACGUCUGACUCACCUCCUCCGAGCAGAACGUCUCGCGUGCAGCGGUGUAGCACACCAGAACCGGUCUCGUCGUCGUCACCCUCCUCAUUUGACAGGAUCAACACCUUAAGAACCACCAAAUUCUCAAGCUCCUCUUGUAUAUCUUGGACUUUUUAAAAUGGAAGCCGAGGACGGGCGGCCAAGGAGUUAGGUGUAGGCCAGGCAGGCAGAGGCAGCAGUUCUCCUCUACGGUACCCCUCCAUCGCCGUCCUGUCUCUGUUCUUGGCUCCUGGCCUGCAGCUGCACCAGCUGACACCGGCGUCGUUGGCUCGGCAGAAGCGGCGUUCCGAUCCGAGAUGGGGGGCCAGCAGAACGCGCUCCACCAGCUCGUGUCCUUCAUCCUCGGGGCGUCCGCCGCCGCCGUCCUGCUCUUCUUCCUCACGACGGCGACGAGCGGAGCGCGGUUCACGGGGAUCUCGAGCUGGGCCAACGGAACCACGGGCUUUGACGACGAUGCUCCCGUCCAGGCGGCUCCUGCUACCCGGGCAAAUCACGCCGACGCAAAGGGCGCGGCGGCGGAGCAGGAGGACGAGCUGCAGCGGCUGCUGCGCGCAGUGGCGGACGAGGACCGGACGGUGAUCAUGACGUCGGUGAACGAGGCGUGGGCGGCGCAGGACUCGCUGCUGGACCUGUUCCUGGAGAGCUUCCGCAGCGGCGAGCGGAUCGCGCACUUCGUGGACCACCUCCUGGUGGUGGCCCUGGACGGCGGCGCGCUGGAGCGGUGCCGCGCCGUGCACCCGCACUGCUACCUCCUCCCCACGGCCGCCGCGCGCAACCUAUCCGGCGAGAAGGUGUUCAUGAGCAAGGACUACAUCGACCUGGUCUGGAGCAAGGUCCGGCUGCAGCAGAGGAUCCUCGAGCUCGGCUACAACUUCCUCUUCACGGACGUGGACAUUCUGUGGUUCCGGAACCCGUUCGAGCGGAUGUCGGUGGCGGCGCACAUGGUGACCUCGUCGGACUUCUACUUCGGCGACCCGUACAGCCCUAUGAACCUGCCCAACACGGGGUUCCUGUACGCCAAGUCGAGCCGGCGCACGGUGGGCGCGUUCGAGGCGUGGCACGCCGCGCGGGAGGCGUUCCCUGGGAAGCACGAGCAGCAGGUGCUGAACGAGAUCAAGGUGGAGCUGCUGGCCACGCGCGGCCUGCGCAUCCAGUUCCUCGACACGGAACACAACGCCGGCUUCUGCAACAACACCCGCGACUUCAACACGCUCUACACCAUGCACGCCAACUGCUGCGUCGGCCUGGGCGCCAAGCUGCACGACCUCGGCAACCUGCUGCAGGAGUGGCGCGCGUAUCGGCAGAUGGACGACGAGGAACGCGCCCGGGGACCCGUGCGCUGGAAGGUGCCGGGCAUAUGCAUCCACUGAUUGGUAGUCAAUGGCGUGUGAGUGUGAUCGAUCGAGGCCACCCGGCGGUAGGUGUGUGCGUAAGUUUAUUAUUGUACAGUAAUUUGUACUUGUACAAAUCAGUACUAGCUACGAUCAUACAACUACACUGUUCAGUGUUCACUUAUUCUUUGCCUAUAGCA